AACCUCCACCAGCACCACCUCAUCUUACAGAGACCUUCAGACUAUUUGCAACAAUGAGCAGCCGCAUGGCUCUGCGCCUGCUACAGAGGAUGGCCGUUACUCCUUUGGGUUUCCCCGGGGGAGUAACAACCAAAGGGCUGAGGGAGAUGUCAACUCUCCCAAGGGUUUAUGUCACUAGACAGAUCCCACCUGAAGGCCUGAAGAUCCUGCGGGAAUCUGGGCAGGUGCAGUUUGACCUGUGGGACUCAGACGACAUCCCUGUGCCGAGAAAGGAGCUGCUACAGAAAGUGAAAGGUGUGGACGGUCUACUUUGCGUGCUGACUGAAAAGAUUGAUGCAGAACUGUUGGAUGCAGCAGGGCCAAAUCUUAAAGUGCUCAGUACUAUGUCGGUGGGCUAUGAUCAUCUUUCUUUGGAGGAGCUGAAAAAGAGAGGAAUCCGUGUAGGUUACACCCCAGAGGUCCUGACAGAUGCAGUUGCAGAGCUUACUGUAGCUCUGCUGCUUACAACAUCUAGGAGACUCAUAGAGGCAACCCAUGAAGCUAAGACUGGCGGGUGGGGUACAUGGAGAACUCUGUGGCUAUGUGGAUACGAACUGGCCAACAGCACUGUGGGAAUUCUGGGUCUUGGAAGGAUAGGUGUGGCUAUAGCUGAGCGGCUGGCACCGUUCAAAGUGAAGAAUUUCAUAUACACAGAUGUGGCACCUAGACCUGAUUUGGCCAAGGUCAUAAAUGCUGAACAUGUUUCAAUGGAUGAACUGGCAAAGCAGUCCGAUUUCCUUUUGGUAUGCUGCGCUCUAACACCGGAGACCAAAGAAAUCUGCAACAAGGACCUCUUCAACAAGAUGAAAAGCACCUCCAUCUUCAUCAACACCAGCAGAGGAGGGGUUGUGAACCAGGAGGAUCUGUAUGAAGCUCUGUCCACCGGGCAGAUAGCCGGAGCUGGAUUAGAUGUUACCGUCCCUGAGCCCCUGCCCACCAGCCACCCGCUGUUUACACUCAAGAACUGCGUGAUUCUUCCACACGUUGCAAGCGCGUCCUACAGCACCCGUAACGCCAUGUCUGCCCUGGCAGCAAACAACCUCCUCCUUGGCCUGAGGGGCCAACCUAUGAUCAAAGAGCUCCAGCUAUGAGAACACACUGGCUUCAGAGGACCUUGGUUUUGGAGAACUACAGGAAAUAUAGCAAUGUUCCAUUAAAGCAUUUCCAGUUUUAAACUCAGAUUUGUAGAUUUGUGCAAUAGGUUUGUAUUUAAGGCAUUCUAGUACAAAACAUUUACAUUUUACAAAAAAAUAAAGCAAACACAGCUCCCUUAAGUUGGCUUCUUUAUCUUAACAGCUCUGCUUAGAAUUUUAUAUGCACAUAGUCUGGAUUAUCUUUACA